GAAUGUCGAGAGCUCAGGGUGAAGUUUCAAAGUCUCUUAAAAAAAAGACUUAUUUUAUUUCAGAGACUGAUGAGUACUAAUUAUUCGCAAUCUUGGUUCAGACGAAAUCAAAGAGUUUCAAGACGCAGAAUUGGUGGUUUCCGGAAUGAGGCACAAGAUAUUCAAACUAAUCACAAAUGCGGCAAAGCUUUUUCAAGAAACACAAGAGAUGGUUCCUUUCGAAAGUACGCAAAGUCUGUAUUUGGAAAUUCAUCGAGAACAAUAUUACUUCAGAUUGCUGGCAGCAAAACUUGGAAAAGUAGAAUUCUUAAGAUAUUAGUAUUUUUGUUUUGUGCGUUUGGAUUUCUAUACCAAACAGAAAUUUUCUUAGAGUACUUUUGGACCUACCCCUCAGUUACUAGCGUUAAAGAGAGCACUCCUCCUGAAAUAAUACAGCCAGCGAUGACUUUUUGCAGUAAUAAUGAGUAA